AUGACCCAAACAACAUCUCCACUAGCUCGUCGCAGCUCUGUCAGUCAACAAGCCAAUAUGAAUGGUAAUAUCAAUGCUGGUGUUGAGUGGCACGACACAGUCUCUGAGGAUCUCUUCCGAGAAGCUCGCAUCGACUCGAGCAAACCCAUCAUCCACAACGCUUCUGCUGCCGUCUUGUACGAAGAAGCACUCAAAUAUGAACACGGAACCGCAAUCACCUCAUCAGGAGCCCUCGUCACCGACUCUGGAGCCAAAAAAGGUCGCUCACCUAAGGACAAGCGUAUCGUCGAUGAACCAACUUCAACCAACGAUAUCUGGUGGGGUCCAGUCAACAUGAAACUCUCUGACGAUGCCUUCAUGAUCAACCGUGAACGAGCAAUCGAUUAUCUCAACACUCGUUCUCGAUUGUAUGUAUUUGAUGGUUAUGCCGGCUGGGAUCCACGAUACCGUAUCAAAGUCCGUGUUGUCUGUGCUCGUGCAUACCAUGCUCUCUUCAUGAACAAUAUGUUGAUUCGACCUACAAGGGAAGAGCUGAAGCAUUUUGGCACACCUGAUUUUACUAUUUACAAUGCUGGUGAAUUCCCUGCCAAUCGAUACACCUCGGGAAUGACUUCCACCACUUCUGUUGCUCUUAACUUUAAGCGACGAGAAUUGGUCAUCCUCGGUACUCAAUAUGCCGGCGAAAUGAAGAAGGGUAUCUUCACAGUCAUGCACUACUUGAUGCCUAAAGCUGGUGUCUUGUCGCUUCACUCAUCUGCCAACGAAGGACCAGAUGGUGACGUGUCACUCUUCUUUGGUCUAUCUGGUACCGGAAAGACCACCUUAUCUGCUGAUCCUCGUCGUGCCUUGAUUGGAGACGAUGAACAUUGCUGGAGUGAAAAUGGUGUCUUCAACAUUGAAGGUGGUUGCUAUGCAAAGGCUAUCGACCUUUCAGCUGAAAAGGAACCUGAAAUCUAUGGUGCCAUCCGCUUUGGAAGUGUGCUCGAGAACGUCGUAUACGAUGAAAACACCCGUGUCGUCAACUAUGCAUCUUCUGAAUUGACGGAAAAUACUCGUGCUUGCUACCCAAUCGACUACAUUCCAAACGCCAAAAUACCUUGCGUCGGUGGUCACCCCAAGAACAUCAUCAUGCUCACUUGUGACGCCUUUGGUGUAUUGCCACCAGUAUCAAAACUCUCUUCAGCACAAGCUAUGUACCACUUCUUGAGUGGAUAUACUGCUAAGGUUGCUGGUACCGAAGAUGGAAUCACUGAACCUCAAGCAACCUUCUCCACAUGCUUUGGAUCACCAUUUAUUGUAUGGCACCCAACACAUUACGCUUCUAUGUUGGCCAAGCAAAUGGAUCAUCACAAGGCUGAUGCUUGGUUGGUCAACACUGGCUGGAACGGAGGAGCAUACGGAGUCGGAAAGCGAAUCAGCCUGAAAUACUCUCGUGCCAUCCUUGAUGCCAUUCACUCUGGUGAACUCGCCAAGGCAAAAUACGUAAACUACCCUAUAUUCAACCUCCAAAUCCCCACUGCUAUCACUGGUGUCCCUGCUGAUGUCCUGAACCCUGCACGAACAUGGUUGGGUGACGAAGCUUCAUACCAAACCACUGUCCGAAAACUUGCUAUGCUCUUCUCCAAGAACUUUGAUGCCUAUAAGGACAAGGCCUCUGCCGAAGUCAUUGCUGCUGGUGUUCAAUUGUAA